CCGUCGUCAAACCCCCGUUGAUAACAGCCGAUGAGAUUCUCAAACACUCCUUCGAUAAUCUCGCCAUGGCUGUUCCGCCCUUGCAGAAACGCCACACCCCUCUGCUCGCAUACGCAAAAUCGAUUCUUGAGCUCAGAAACAAUGAUUACGGAAGAAUCCAUCUCCAGAUCAGUAGUUCCGGCAGAACCCACUUCAGAGAUGGAAUCUCCAGAGAAACUCAAUUCCCAAAUUGAGAUUUUGGAGCAACCCACUCCUGGAGAAUUCAGGUAUGCUCAAUCUACCUCACCCCUUUUGCAAAUUCAGCUAGAUAAAGAUGUCACUCAGGAUCAUGUAAUAGAGGUUCUUCUGAACAACCAGCAAGAUCCUAUAUCUGCUUUAACUUAUUUCAAAUGGGCUGAGAAACAGAGGGGUUUCGCUCGAGGUGUGGAUGCUUUGUGCAUUGUGCUCCAUAUUCUCGCGCGGUCGAGGAGCUCUUGGGCUGCUGGACAUCUACUGAGUCAAUGCAUUUCUGCUAAUUCUAUUCCUAGGGCAAGUGUUAUGGUUGAUCACCUAAUCGAGAGCUCAAAAAGGUGCCAAUCGGAUUCCCGUGUAUUCGAUUAUCUGUUGAAAAGCUAUUUACUAGCUGGGCGGCUCGAAGAGGCAGUUGAUUGUUUUGAUAGAAUGACUAUGAGCAGCAUUGUCCCUCGAACUGCAUACAGAAAUAGUCUUCUGAAUGCUUUGGUUCAGGCCAACAUGACUGAUAAAGCUCGAAAUUUGUAUUGGAAGAUGCUGGAUGAAGGAAUGAACUGCGAUUGUUUUGCUCUAGAUGUGAUGAUGCGUGCUUGUUUGAAAGAAGGGAAGCCCCAGGAAGCUGUAGAGUGCUUUCAGACAAUGAAAGCUAGAGGAUUUGAACGAGAUCCUGUCACAUAUGGGACUGUUAUUCGCGCUGCUUGUAGGAAACCUGAUUCGAAGGCUGCCUGUGAAUUGUUGAGGGAGAUGAAAGAUAUGGGCUGGAGUCCGUCUGAGAUCACUUAUUCCGAUGUCAUUGGAGCUUGCGUAAAGCAGGGGAAUAUGGUGGUGGCGUUAAGAUUAAAGGAUGAAAUGGUAAGUGAUGGCCUGCCAAUGAAUUUGGUGGUUGUGACGAGCAUAAUUAAGGGGUAUUGCAUACAAGGCAACUUGGAUGGUGCUUUGGAUUUGUUUUCCAAGAUGUCUGAGAGUAAAAUCCAUCCAAACAAAGUCACAUUUGCAGUUCUCAUUGAAGGUUGCUGCAGGAAUGGAAGAAUGGAGAAGGCUCAUCAGCUUUAUACCCAAAUGAAACUCAUGGGUAUCUCCCCUAGUGUCUUCAUUGUCAACUCCAUGAUCAAGGGGUCCUUGAAAGAUCAGUUGUUGGAACAGGCAUCUAAGCUUUUUGAUCAAGCGGUUGAGAGUGAUGUAGCUAAUGUGGUAACCUACAACAUUCUCAUGCACUGGUUCUGCAAAGAUGGUAGGGUAACUGAAGCUUGCCAUCUAUGGGAAAAAAUGUUGAGUAAUAGGGUGGUACCAAUCACGGUUUCUUACAACAUUCUGAUACUUGGCCACUGCAGACUAGGUAAUAUGGACUUAGCAUUUUCUGUUUUCUCUGAAAUGCAUCAGAGGGGAAUCAAACCUAAUUUGGUCACCUAUUCGAUUCUGAUGGAUGGGUAUUUCAAGAAAGGUGAGAUUGAUCAAGCUUUCAGUGUUCAUGAACAAAUGUUGAGUUGCAGGAUUUCUCCCAAUAAUUUCAUAUACAAUACAAUCAUAAAUGGUCUCUGCAAAGCUGGUCGGACAUUUGAUGCAAGCAAAAUGUUGAAAAAAUUCAAGGAGGAAGGCUUUAUUCCCAUCUGUAUGACUUACAAUAGCAUUAUUGAUGGAUUCAUAAAAGAGGGUUCCAUAAACUCUGCAUUGGCAACAUAUCGAGAAAUGUGCGAGAGUGGGGUAUCCCCUAAUGUUAUUUCUUAUACAUGUUUGAUUGAUGGUUUCUGCAAAAGCAAUAAGCUUGAUAUUGCUCUGAAGAUUCGGAAUGAGAUGAGGGCAAAGGGUCUGGGGCUGGAUAUUGCUGCAUAUAAUGCUCUUAUAGAUGGUUACUGUAAAAGAGGAGAUAUAAGACAUGCGCAUGAACUUUUCACCGAACUUCUUGAAGUUGGUUUGACCCCAAACACUGUUAUUUACAAUAGUCUGAUUGGUGGCUUUAGAAAACUACAGAACAUGGACGCAGUAGUUGCCUUGCAUAAGAGAAUGGAUGAAGAGGGAAUUCCAUGUGAUUUAGCAACUUACACAACCUUGAUUGAUGGAUCACUUAAAGCAGGCAAUAUAAUUUUCGCAUCAGAGCUUUACACUGAGAUGCUAGAUAAGGGUAUUGUGCCAGAUAUUAUCAUUUUUAGUGUUCUCAUAUAUGGUCUUUGCAAUACAGGGCAGCUAAAGAAUGCACAUAAAGUCUUGGAAGAGAUGGAUAAGAAGAAAAUGUGUCCUAAUGUUCUUAUCUAUAACACGUUAAUAGCUGGAUAUUUCAAGGAAGGAAAUUUGCAGGAAGCUUUUAGAUUGCAUGAUGAGAUGCUUGACAGAAGCCUUACACCUGAUGAUACAACUUAUGAUAUCCUUGUAAAUUCAAGGUUUGAAGGAAAAUCUCCCUGCUGGGGCCGUGAAGUGCUUAAAUAAAACUCUUCAAAUAGUUCUCUUAUUAGCUUGUGCAGAAAAUACCACAGAACUUUGUGGCAUAUCUUUGCUCGCUAACUGCAACUUCAUAUUGGGUGAGUGUUUUACUGUACCUAUACUUUGACUUUUUGCUUUUCUAUUCUACACUGGAUUAGUCUUCUUUUCUUUUAUCAUCACAGUGGAAGUCAUGUGAAACCUUGCAGUAUUUAUCAUUGAUUGUCGUCUUCUGUUGUGUCUAGGAAGAGGUAGUGACCAUAAACAUACUGCAUGUCAUAAUGUUUAUUAAGCAUAUUUUUUUAUACAUUACUUAUUCAUCUUCAAGAAACUGAAUAUUUGGAUUACUAGUUGAUCAUUAAUGUUCAAAUUUCAUGAAUAUGGUAUUUCAUUG